GAGGGAGGGCUGAAUUUGUUUGUUCAGUUUGGGAAGGGUUUUGUUUCUUGAGGUGGUUGAUGAGCGAUUGCGAGGGAUGGGGAUUGUUGCGCAUUGCGAGUGGUGUUAAGCUACGAGGUAGUUGAGAUGUGGGCGUUUGGUUUGGCUUAGUUAGUAUUUGUCAGUGAUCGAUGGGUGAGGCGAAUUGAGUAGCCGUGUAUGCAAUUCCAGGCGUUUGUUUGCGUUUGGGUGGCAUGUUUAAGGGGAGGUGUAGGAGGUGCUGUGUGAGGGAGUAGGGGUUUCGAGUUUGUGUGGGAGUGUGACUUUCGAUAUAGGAGAUUAGGGAGUUACAGGGGUUUUUGGUGUUGCGGUAGGAAGGUCAGGGCAAAGGUAUAGGGGAUGAUCGUCUGCGCGAGGGGUUUCGGGGCGUUGCGCUUGAAUUUUGAUAGUGUGUUGAAAGGGAUGUGAUGCUUUAGAGCGUGGCAAUUGCAGGGCGUUCCGAGGUACAGGAGCCGUACGUGCUAACGUUAACGGUUCCACAAGGACGGUUGUACGUGCUAGUUAGGCUCGUUGCAGCAGGACCAGCCCAUGAGCAUGCCCUGUUAGGGUUCGUAUUCGCCAAUCGCUCGGUGGUUCUUUUGAUUCACGCAUCAGGAUUCUGGAGGAAGAGACAGUCGCUUUUGCACUUCGCGAUUAAAGUUGUUAAUGCCAGAGGCCCAGUACGUGAAUCUUGGCAGUCUUCUCAAGGUCGAUCUGACAUCUGCAUGAAGUCGGACCAGGUCGUGAAUCAUAUGUACUGUAUAGUUACAACGCAUUUAAGCAUCCUAAAGGUGGAAGCUAUUAUCUCUGCAGAAACAAGCAAUUUGUGGUGGUAGAGAAUGCAGGGUUUUGGCAUUGCGCAUCUUCUCUGAAAGAUGAGCUUUGAGGAACACAUGCAGCAAUAGAGCGAAGUAUAAGAGCUUUUGUUCACGGGGUAGCCAAUCUCAACUCCUCUUUCGUUCGAUGUUGCCAUUCACCAAUUUCGUCUUAGAGACUCAGCCCAUAUGACAUGAAAAUCCUGUGGGUACAGUUUUUGACUGAAGCGGGACACCACAGGAUCCGAAUUGGUGACAUUGGGUUUAGCCAUAAGCAACACUACAUUGCAGCCGAUGAAGUCAUCUUUGGGCUCCGCUCCCUUUUGGCAAAUACGAAGCACACUCUGUUCUGCAGAAAACACAACAAUUGCAAACUGUCGCUGAGCAGGCGAGUAGAUGUGGCAGUUGGACAACUGCCAGCUUGAAGUAGAUGCCAUCAUCUUCCCGCUCUUCAAAUCUUUGAUUUUCUCUUUUGCCACUAUUUAAGUUUUAGGUGUCGUUCCCGCUGGCCCUCUGCUGUCGCAAGGAGAAAUCGCUCUAUUAUAAUUGCGUACUCCUGAAAAUCUUACAGGAAAUAUGCUGGGUGCGUGGCUGAUUGUUUGUAAUUUACAAUAGUUGAUUUGAAUCUUCAUUCGGUUCGCAUAGUUCAGCAUCCGUUCCGAAGUCAAAAUUUAUCCUGUUGUACUAGCACCUUUCUUUCCCUAUAUUAUAUAGUGAUUCCUUGCUCAUCGUCUCUUUUGCUCAUAAUCUUGAGUGUUUCCGAUUGCGAGCAUUGUUUAGCUCACAUUUUUGUGUCUCCAGCCUGUGUAGCUUGGUCAUCUGGGAAAUUGGUUUCUUAUUACCUCAUGCAGCCAAUUGGGCCUUCAAAUCGGUGAAUGGCAGCCCAUGAUUCCUCUGUGGGCCGAGCUUGGGUUUUAUCCCCUCCGGAUGAAAGUGUUAUGAGUGGAGGUGAAAUCGAUGGUCUCGGCAGCAGCGGGUUAACGAUGGGGUUGUCUCCCUUUGUUAGGCAAUCUUCGAGCUUUGGAGGUGAAUCUCUUCAUAAUGACACUCAAAUUGCGACCGUAUGCUUGCCUAGCGGGGAUAAACUCAAGGGCGUAGUGCAAUCUGACACAGAGGAUGGCAACGUACAUAGGGUCAUGCCUGAAUCGACUAAGGUUAGCUGUGAUCCUUUUUCUAUGUCGUUACCGCUACGGUCUCCAUCUACAUGGGGUUCGACAGCAAGUGGCUCUUCGUCUUGUGGCGAAUCAUCAAUGAUGAACGAAUCUGAGGGUUGCGAUAGACUACUUCCCCUUGGGGAACCACUUGCUCUUCAGGGUACCGAAAAGGAUGUGGGAUUCGAAGUUUUAGCGGCUCAUUUGAGCGUGAGCAGGUUGAAGGAGAAAUUGGAUGAUGCUGGGGAAAUAUCUGCGGUUCAGGGUAGUACUACUCGAUUUCGGGACUUGUUGCGAAGAGGCUCGGGGUCUCUUCCUCCAUCAUCUUCAAACAGCAUGGAAGGGUUACCUUUGCAAGGUGCUAGUGUAGGUUUGGAUGCAAAUCUUCUCCACGCAGAGACGCAGGGAAUGUUGCAGGCUAUUCGAGAUGUGGACAUGAGGAUGGGGGCUGAGUUAUCAGGAGGUCACGGCCCGUUCGAUGAUUUGCAGCAGCGACCAGUUUCUGUGCAUUCUAGAACAGAUUUAAUCCGCCUGCGGUUUCCGGAGAAGACUCCUGACAAGCUGCAUCGCAAGCGUGCUAAAAUUCAUCCUCCCAGCUACACUCUCAGACGGCAGCAAAGAAAUAUGCUGGCUUCAGGAUCACAAGGGGAGAAUUCUACGACAGCGUCAUCAGGAGCUUCUGCAGGGAUGUGCACUCAAGGGUUUCCACCUUCGACAUUACCUGCAGAUGCGUCUUCAAGUCAGGUUGUCGGACAUCUCAUCAACCCUGAUCUUGUUGGAGAUGAUGGAGAUGAUGGAAGCCGCAGACUCUAUGUGAUGAGUGUGGAGGAUGGUGAAGCUCGCAUGGACCUUACGGAUGAUCUUCUGCACAAAGUCUUUUCAUUUCUGAGAGAUGUUGACUUAUGCCAAGCUGGUAAAGUGUGUCGACAAUGGCGGGUUGCAAGUACGCAUGAAGAUUUUUGGAAGUCAUUGAACUUUGAAAGUCGUCAAGUUACUCAUCAACAAGUGACGGUGUUGUGUGCAAGAUAUCCUAAAGCAACAGAAUUGAAUCUGAAAGGGUGUCCUUGCGUCGAUGAGGUUCUUGUACAUCAAGCAAUGGUCUCGCUUCGUAACUUGAAGGUUUUGACCUUGGGACGAGGAUUUUUGAGUGAUGGAUUCUUCUAUUUGCUUUCUGGGUCUGAGUCUUUGCAAAGUUUGAGCAUUACUGAUGCGACUUUAGGAAGUGGUGGUGCCCAAGAGAUACAACUUAAGCAUGAAUCACUGCGCUACCUUCAGGUUGUGAAGUGCCGGGUGCUGCGCAUAGCCAUAAGGUGUCCAUUAUUGGAGACGUUAUCUUUGAAACAGACAGGGACGGCGUCUGCAAUGCUUCAUUGCCCUCGCUUGCUUAAACUCGAUGUAUCAUCAUGUCAUAAACUAUCUGAUGCUGGCGUGCGUGCCGCCGCUACAGCCUGCGCGCUUCUUACAUCUUUGGACAUUUCCAACUGUGCCUAUGUCAGUGAUGAAACUUUGAGAGAAUUAUCUCUAGCUUGCUCUCAUCUCCGCAGAUUGGAUGCCUCCUACUGUCCGAACAUAUCACUUGAGGUUAAUCAGCUCGAGCUUUUUGCUGAUCUCGAUUUCGUGAGCUGUGUGUACAUGAAGGGUGUUCGGAUGCCUAUGCUCACAGAUUUGAAGUUGGUGAAUUGCGAGGGUAUCAACUCGUCAUCCAUGGCUGCCCUUUCUUAUUGUGUGAUGCUCGAGGUGCUUGCCAUGGACUAUUGUUGGCUAUUAACUUCAGUCACAUUGGAUUUGCCACGACUUCGAAGUAUAAGCAUUGGACACAAUCGCAAAUUUGGGGAGCUUACGUUGCGCAGCCCUGCUCUCACGUCGUUGAACCUCAGCCAUUGUCCUGCUCUUAGUCGAAUUGAUAUUGCAUCAAGCAGUUUCGAGAAAUUGUGUUUAAAAAACCAGAUGGGCCUCUCAAGCAUGGCUUUACAAUGUCCUUGGCUUCGUGAGGUGGACCUCACUGAGUGCGAGUCUUUGAACGAUUCAGUAUGUGAUGUCUUCAGCGACGGAGGCGGGUGUCCAAAGCUCAACUCGCUCACUUUGGAUUAUUGUGAUGGGCUUGUGAAAGUGAAGCUGACAGCAUCAUCCUUGCGCGCACUCUCGCUUGUGGGUUGCCGGAAUAUGAUCUCCCUUGAGCUGUCUUGCCCUGUACUGCAGAGCCUUCUUUUGGAUGGUUGUAACCGCCUUGUUGCUGCUUCUUUCUCUCCUGUGGGAUUGAUGGCUCUGAACCUGGGAAUAUGUCCACAUUUGGCGACGCUUGAAAUAGAAGCAUCUCAAAUGACCACACUUGAUUUGCGUGGAUGUGGUGCUCUUUCCCAAGCCUUCAUCCGAUGCCCUCAUCUUUCGUCAUUGGAUGCCUCUUACUGCAGUCACCUUGGAGAUGAUUGCCUGGCCGCAACAACAGCAUCAUGUCCUGCUAUUCAAGUUCUAGUGUUGGCUGCAUGCCCAGCAGUUGGGCCGGUUGGGUUACUUGCUCUGAAGAAACUUCCUCGUCUCACAAUGCUAGAUCUUUCAUACACGUUCCUCACGGACUUGUCGCCUAUCUUUGAGGCCUGUCCUCACUUGAAGGUGUUGCGAUUGUCUGCUUGCAAGUAUCUUCAAGAGACAGCGCUCAAUGCCUUACAUGGAGGCAAGGUUUUAUCCGAAUUGCAAGAAUUGGAUAUGUCUUAUGGAAGUUUGGGCCGUGGUGCUAUUGAGGGAGUCUUAUCCUUGUGUCCUCAUCUUACACAACUAAGUUUGAAUGGUUGUUUCCAUGUGACGGACCAUUUGUGGAGCCGGCUUUCCACCCCUCCUCUCCCGCUUGAAUCUAUGACCUCGGAAGAUACCAGGAUGGAGGACGCCUGCUCCUCUGAUGGCGUGGUAGAUCAGAGUGGUCGAAUGGAUCAUAAACUUCAUCAGGAUAAUGUUCUUGAAACGCUGCGAGAGGUUACGCCUCACAAAAAGGAGAUGAUGGAGGGAUGUGGUCAAGUUGAAACUGCUCAAGGCCAUCAAGCAGGAGCUUGCUAUGUGGCUGCCAACACUCUCUCUGACUCGAGAUUAAAAGGGCCUUCUGAGGCACAAGGUGAACAUGACACAGACGAGGAUCAGUGGGUCUCUGAAAAUGAUGGCUCAUAUCCGCAGACUUUUGUGCCGAUGACUGGACCAGCUCGGUUACUCCAGACCUUAAAUUGCGUUGGAUGCCCCAAUAUUCAAACUGUAGUCAUACAACGAGAUGCCGCAUGUCAUCAUCUCACUACAUUGAACCUGUCACUCUCGGGUAACAUACGAGAGGUUCGCCUUGGCUGCAGCAAUCUGACCACUCUUAAUUUGAGCCAAUGUUCAGCACUUGUUGUACUUGAGCUCAACUGUCCGCGGCUUAUCACGCUUUGUCUCCAGUACUGCGGAAUUGCAGCAGAGAUGCUUGAGCAUGCCCUUCGUGGUUGCAGUUUACUGGAGACUCUCGAUGUUCGGAAUUGUCCAAAGGUCUCCACGAGCGUUCUAACUUGCAUGAGGUCUAUCUGCCCGGGGCUUAAGCGGCUGUACAGCACUUCAUCUGCAUGAGAGAGGCUUUGAGAAACCUCAUGCAAUAUCAAUGAGAUUGCGUGUGUUUUAACCUAGCCAAUCUGCAGCGUUUGAAAACUACAUAAGGUAUCUAGUAAAUGUAAGUUGGGUAUGCACUUUUUGUGUUCAAUCUCGGCCCUUGAAAAUUAUUGAAAUCCCGGAGGGAGACACCAUUUGUAAGUGUAUUUUGUGCCAAUCCGGUCAUGACAAUGUGACCCCAGCUUCAAUAUUCAGUCGUCCCACUCCUUAGGUGUAUUAUUUUGAAAGAAUAAAUGAUUAGUUGUAGGAUUACUUAGGAAAUUUUGAUAUAGUGGCCUUUUUUAACUUAUUUGUAUUAAAUUACACAGGUGGUUUUUUAAGUUUUGAAGGGAUUAACUCUUGAAGCUUAGAAACCAAUCCCUUGUGAAUUAUGGUUUUCUUUUUCUUGCAAA